AUGCUGAGCAAGGCGCGAACUGAAGACAGCCAUAUCAAGACCGUCAGUCUGGCGCGUGGCACUGUGCCCACCCCGGGGUUUGCGCCAACGAGCGCACCUCGGGAAGCUCUGAGUGCAAGGCGGAGUCUGGAGAGAAGCUCAACCGGACGUAGUAGUAGUCCGGACAUCACCAGCAAUGGCGAAAUCGGGUUGCUUAGCUCCAUAGGGGUGGUCGAGCUUCUGGAGCAAGAUGAAAGGCCUACGUUCAUCGUGGACUUAGCCAACAGCGCAAAUUAUGGUCCUGGAUCGCUGCACUUGCUGUUUGCGAAUACAUCGUUGCGUAGCUAUCAGGGCCUGCAGGAGUUGAUUACCGGUCCGGGAUCGGACGACGCGAGCCCCGGUAUUAAGACCUACCUUCAAUUCAAGUCUUGGCUGCUCAGCGCUUCGAUCGAUGGACAGAGCUUGGACGUCUGCCUACCGUCAUUCGUAUAUGCGGGCAUGACAUGGUCGUGCUCGACUCUACGGAAGAGGCUGCGCAUUAUUGGCGGAGCAUUUACGGCGUCGCCUCAAGAAUCUGCCGCUGGAGCAAGAGAGAGCCUUCCACCUGCUGCAAAAGUCGCAGAGGCUAUUGCAGCUUCGGGACCAGCCCAGGCAGGAGACGCCGCACUCGAGCCGUCCGACUACUUCGCAGGCGCCGUACCGCAACCUGCACCGUCAAACGCGACACCAAGCUCUAGGUCUGACAUAGUGCCCACAAUUGAGAACACGGCUGGAUUGGAGAACGGUAUCGUCAAUCUUCCGCCACGACCUGAUCUCUCUGGCGCAACUGACUUGUUGCCAUCCGAAUCAAUGUAUGUACCCUCGCAUGACUCGCACGAGCAUGCAUCGGAUGGCGGUUCGGUCCAUCGUGUUCCUACGGGCAGUACUGUUGACUCGGCGUACAGUCAGAUCACGCUUGCGCAACCGGACGCACCCUCAUUCGAUUGGACCAGGCUACCUGUCGGAGACACAAUGCCAAAACACAUCCAGUUUGCAAGGAGCAUCGACUGGGCUUCAACCGCACUUGGACCAAUUGAGCUUUGGCCAAGCGACUUGCGUCAAAUGUGCAAUCUCAUCAUGGCAUCACCGCACCCUGCCGCUAUGUACUGGGGAGAAGAAUUGAUUGCGAUAUACAAUGAAGCAUAUAUCUUGCUGGCAGGCCAGAAGCAUCCUACGCUCAUGGGUCAGAGCUAUAGUAAGGCAUGGGCUGAGAUAUGGGACGAUGUGAAGGAUGUGUUUGCGUCUGCGAAGGUGACUGGUGAAGCGACCAUGAAGGAUGACGACUGCUUAUUCAUCAAACGCAACAACUAUCUGGAGGAGACAUACUUUAGCUGGUCCAUCAUACCCAUGGUCGGGCGUGAUGGAAGUGUGAUGGGUCUGUACAAUCCGGCUUUCGAGAAGACGAGACGGAAAAUUGCUGAGCGACGAAUGCUUACGCUGCGCGAGGUGGGCGAGCGGACGGCCGGUGCACGGGAUGUGAAGAGCUUCUGGACGCAGGUGCUAGGCUCGUUUGAGUUCAAUACACAUGACAGCCCUUUCCUGCUGCUGUAUUCAGUCGCAGACGAAGCGGAUUCCGAUGCAAGCAGUAUUCACUCAAAUUCUGUCUUCGGAACUCGGCAAUGCUGGCUUGAAGGAUCACUUGGCGUGCCGGAGGGUCACAUUGCAGCUCCCGAUCAGAUGGAUCUCAAGAGCGGUAUGGAAGGCUUCGGCCCAGUGUUCAGGGAGGUCAUGAAGACGGACAAGCCUGUGCUGCUCGAAGUUGGCGGUCGCGAACUACCAGCAGAAUUGCUUGAAGGGCUGGAGUGGAGAGGCUUCGGCGAUCCUGUCAGAGCGGUGGUCAUAUGUCCCAUACAUCCCACAACGGGCGAGAACAUCCUUGGCUUUCUGGUGCUUGGUGUGAAUCCCCGGCGGCCAUACGAUGACGACUACAGCCUCUUUGUGCAGUUACUUAGCAGACAACUCGCGACCAGUCUGGCGUCCGUCGUACUCUUCGAAGAGGAGAUUCGACGAGGUCAGAGGGCAGCCAAGCUUGCGGCCCUGGACCGCAUCGAGCUCUCGGAGCAGUUGGCUGCGCGAACGCAAGAAGCCAUCGAUAGCGAGACGAAGUUCACACGCAUGGCUGAAUUCGCCCCGGUUGGUAUGUUCAUAGCCGAUCACACCGGGCGCAUCAUCUUUGCCAACGACACAUGGUAUGAUAUUGGACGCGUGCCAAAGUCGGCAAUGGUGGGUGUGCAUGCCAGCACCGACACCUGGAUCGAGUCUGUGAAAGACGAAGAUCAAGCUCUUGUGCGCAGGUUAUGGAAGGAACUGGUCAUCGACACGAAGCCUGUAAGCGAGGAGUUCAGGUUCAAGGCCCAAUGGGAAGAUCGGAACCGGAAUAGAGGCGAUACAUGGGUGCUUUUCAGCGCUUACCCAGAAACAUACGAAGAUGGCAGGCUUAAAAGCGUCUUCGGCUCCGUCACCAAUAUCAGUUCGCAGAAAUGGGCGGAGGGCAUACAGACGAGGAAGAUGGAGGAAGCUGUUGAGCUCAAACGGCAGCAAGAGAACUUCAUUGACAUCACUUCCCAUGAGAUGCGCAACCCCCUCUCCGCGAUCUUGCAGUGCUCUGACGAGAUCGCUACGAGUCUUACGAAAUUUAGGCAGUCCGGCGGGCGAGAGCUUCCGGACGAGCUUGUUACGAGCUGUUUGGACGCUGCGCAGAUCAUCAGUCUCUGCUCGCAACAUCAGAAACGAAUCGUGGAUGACAUUCUGACACUCAGCAAGCUUGACUCGCAACUGCUUCUCGUCACGCCAGUGGAUGCGCAGCCAUUGACAGUGGUUCAGCGGGCGCUCAAGAUGCACGAAGGCGAGCUUUCGGCGGCCGAUAUCCAGAUGAAGUUCAUGGUGGAUCAGUCAUAUCGAGAUCUUCAGUUGGAUUGGGUACGGCUCGAUCCAAGCAGGGUCCUCCAGGUGCUGAUAAACCUGACAACCAACGCCAUUAAGUUCACGGGGACGGAAAGUAAGCGCACAAUCACUGUCACCGUGUCCGCCAGUAAAGUCCGACCGAGUCAACUGCCUGACCCGCCUGUACAAUACUUUCCAACGCGCAGCAAGCGGAAGGACGCCUUGUCGGAGCGCGACUGGGGCGACGGUGAGGUCGUCUACAUCCACUUCGCAGUCGCAGAUACCGGCCGAGGACUGAACAAGGAAGAGAAGAAGAUGCUGUUCAUGCGUUUCUCGCAGGCUUCGCCACGCACGCAUGUGCAGUAUGGUGGCUCUGGCUUGGGCUUGUUCAUUAGUCGUGAGCUUACCGAGCUCCAAGGCGGCGAGAUCGGCGUCGAGAGUGAGGCGGGCAAAGGCAGCACGUUCGCGUUCUACGUCGCUGCUCGGAGAAGCACAGCACCGCCAGAUACGGACGGUGGCACUGGUAUGAAGAAGACGGAUACCCGUGCCCGAACCGUGCGUUCGUCUGCAACGAAGGCUUCGCGAGCACUCGAGUCUGGCGGUGUCGCCUCCGCCGGUGAUGUCGAAGCAACGCGUGAGCCUUUGCAGCGCAAAGUGUUGAUAGUCGAGGACAAUCUUGUCAACCAGCGGGUGCUACAGAAGCAGCUGAAGAAUCUGGGUACGGAAGUACAUCUGGCCAAUCACGGUGGCGAAGCGCUUGAGAAGCUGCGGCAGUCGACCUACUGGGCCGGAGACGGCGGACCCGGCAAACUUGAGCUUGGCGUGGUCUUGAUGGACCAAGAGAUGCCGGUGAUGGAUGGGCUCACGUGUACUAAGAAGAUCCGAGAGUUGGAACAGGAAGGCAAACUGACUGGGCAUGUGCCGAUUAUUGCUGUCACUGCAAAUGCACGACCAGAGCAGGUCCAGACGGCCCUGAAGGCUGGAAUGGACGAUGUGGUUUCGAAGCCAUUCCGCAUACCAGAGCUGGUUCCCAAAAUCGAGGAGCUUAUGGAGCGUUAUCCAAUGCCGCGUGCAUUGCACUGA